GCAGCAACCCGCGUUCGCGCUCACCCUCUCCGGGCGCGUAUCGCUUUAAGGGCGGCGGGGCUGCGCGCGGGCCUCGCUCUGGGCCGGAGCCUGCGCGUCCGUGUCCCCGGCGAAGGCUGCGUCUGCCGCGGACUCAGGGCGACGAGCAAGCGGGGCGAUGCUCAGGUUGCGCGGUUGCUGCGCGCGUCCCCGCGGCGCUCCGGUCCGGAAUGAGCGGAGCCGGGCGGGCAGCCGCGCCCUGCGGGUGCUGGUGGACAUGGACGGCGUGCUGGCGGACUUCGAGGGCGGCUUCCUCCGGAAGUUCCGCGCGCGCUUCCCGGACCUGCCCUUCGUGGCGCUGGAGGACCGGCGCGGCUUCUGGGUGUCGGAGCAGUACGGACGUCUGCAGCCUGGGCUGAGCGAGAAAGCCGUCAGCAUCUGGGAGUCAAAGGAUUUCUUCUUUGAACUUGAGCCUCUGCCAGGAGCCGUGGAAGCUGUGAAGCAGAUGGCCAACCUGCAGAACACUGAUGUCUUCAUCUGCACAAGCCCCAUCAAGAUGAUCAAGUACUGUCCCUAUGAGAAGUACGCCUGGGUGGAGAAGCACUUCGGCCCUGACUUUCUGGAACAGAUUGUGUUGACCAGAGACAAGACCGUGGUCUCUGCCGACCUUCUCAUAGAUGACCGGCCGGACAUCACAGGGGCCGAGCCACAUCCCAGCUGGGAGCACAUCCUCUUCACCUCCUGCCACAAUCAUCACCUGCAGCUGAAGCCCCCUCGCCGGAGGCUGCACUCGUGGGCAGAUGACUGGAAGGCCAUCUUGGACAGCAAGCGGCCCCGCUGAGGGCUGCACUGCGGCUCUCUCGUGGUCCAGUGUGGGGCUCGCAGCUCAUGACUGGACAGCAAGCAGUUUGCUGAGGGCUGUGCUGCAGCUCCCUGGCAUUUCCUGGAGGACCCAAUGGAUCCUUGAUCAAGACAACCUCUCGACACACUCCCCUUCCUCUCCUGGCCCAGUCCUUUACCUGAUCUUGGGGCAGGGCUGGGAGAAAGGCAUUUGCUCUCGGGCAACUUGGCCUAGCCUCAGGCAGGGGCCAUGCCACUGCCUCCCACUGCUUACAAUAGGGUGUUCUCUAAGGAACGGAGGGGCCCUGGUUCAGGAUCUGUGGCCUUUGCAAGGUAAAGAGUGCCAGGGGCAGAUGACAGAGGGUCCCCUGGUAGACACGUGCCCUUCCAACUCUAACUUGGCGCCUUGUCCAACCUGCCCACUUAGUCUGUUCUCUCUCCUCCUGGUGUUCAGUGGCCACCAGGCUCUCUUGGAGGCCAACAGUGACCCUGCCUAUGGCCAAUGCUGUGGUCUCUUUCUCUGGUGUCCCUAGAUCCUAUUCACGGCCCAGCAAGGAGCCAGCAGGCUUGAUCAUUUGUUGACCAUGUGAGAAACAAAUGCCAUUCACAUGUAGCUGCGGCCUUCUCUAGCACCUGCCCCAGAAUGAUCUCGUGUCCACCAGCCUGUGAUGUAAGCAUCUGGGAGUCCCCCAUGGACAGAGGUGGGCAUAGCUCUCCUUUGUGGUCCUCACGUGGUACCACGUGGGCGCAAGGGCGAAAUGGCCUCAAUGGCAGCACAGCUGGCAGCCUGAUGGUUCCUUUUGGUCCCAUUCGUCUGAGGGAGGCCCUGCUUCCCUCAAGCCCAGUACCUCACACAUGUUCUCCUAACCCUGAGUCAGGCACAGGGCCUUCUCUAUGCUUUCCUCAAGGCCAAGUUUCCAUAGGCCUAGAAGCUGUUGUCACAGCCUCAGCGCAUGUUCCUUUUGGGCUGGGUCCUUGGGAGGUGACACUUGAACCAACUCCCCACUCCUUGAGAAUUUUAGAAACGGUGCCAUUGGAGACCAGCUGCAUCCUCAGAACCCUUACCAGAGAUGGGCUGGAGACCAGCUGCAUCCUCAGAACCCUUACCAGAGAUGGGCUAGAGACCAGCUGCAUCCUCAGAACCCUUACCUGAGAUGGGCAUGAUGGCAUGCACCUGUUUUCUCAGCACUUAGGUUGGCACAGGAGUGUUGCUGUGGAUUCAAGACCAGUUAGGGUUGCAUAGCAAAGCCCUGUCUAAAAACAUUAAAAACCAGGACCCCAGUUUGUUUCCUGGCCUUCAUACUACACCUUCAGCACCUGUGGCAGGUGAUCUUCUGACUGCCUAGGAACCGGGCUAGGUAGACAAAAAAAUGUGGGCGACAACCCUGCUUUCAGAGCUGGCCAGGAAUUCCGUUUCCCGUUUUUUGUCUUAAGAGCUCAUUUCUGUCACCCAGGCUAGGUAGGGAGGUCCCGGACAUCCACCACCCAGUCUGGAGAAGGAUGCCCCAGAAACCCACUGCUUGAGCCCCUCUUGACUUGGCCUUAUGUAGCUUUCCAUAGUACCUCCCCACUGUUACCCUCAGGCUGGUUGGGGGCCCUGCCAGUGCCGUGCAGGAAACGUGGCAGUUGUGUCUCUCGAUCCUGGAACUCUGGCUCAGGCAGGGCAGCUUCUGGUGAUGCCUUGACCUGGGGGCCUGGAAGAAAGCCAGUCCCUGGAGUGUGGGCUCUGUGCCUGCUCCAGAGACCCUGUGUUAUCUGACGUAAGAUCUCACUCCCACACGCCAUCUAUGCAGGACCAGGAAACAGUGUGAUAAACGAGGUGGGUGAACUCGUUCCUGUGACUCCUGCUGGCUGGGCCCGGCUCUCUCUUUCCUGUCAGCCAUACGGCCUGCUUUCCCGUGAUCCUUAUGCUGCCGAAUGCCAAGUCUCCUCUUAGAGUGACCUGGGCGGUCUGGGGCCUUGUAGCCUCCAGCUGUCGCAGUGAGGGAAUUCUCUUUGCCUGUGACCUUCAGUGACAGGUUGGGGAUGGUCUGUCAUGUACCUCCUAAGUACCUGAGCUUUUGCCAAGUCAGAGGUCACAGCAACAAAUGAGGCUCACUCAGCCCUGCCUUGAAAAUACUGUGUGUGAUUCUAGUUCAGGGAACAGAAACCAGGGCCGCUCGUUGCUAUCCAGAGUCUGCCCCGCCAAUGACAGACAACCCUGCUGUCUUAGUUAAGGGUACUCGUUCUAUGAUGAAACACCAUGACCAAAAAGAAAGUUGGGGAGGAAAGUAUUUAUUUGACUUAUUCUUCCAGUUGUAGUCAGUCCAUCACUGAGGGAAAUCAGGACAGGAACUCAAACAGGGCAGGAACCUGGAGGCAGGAGCUGAUGCAGAGGCCAUGGAGGGGUGCUGUUUACUGUCUUGCUCAGCCUGCUUCCUCAUAGAACCCAGAACCAUCUACCUUGGGAUGGCACCAACCACAAUGGGCCAGCCCUCCCCCAUCAAUUACUAAGAAAAUGCCCUACAGCCAGAUCUUAUGGAGGCUUUUUCUCAAUUGAGCAUCCCUCCUUUCAUGUAGCUCUAUCUUGUGUCAAGUUGACAUAAAACUAGCUACCACAACUGACCCCUUGUCAACUGGACACACAAAUCACUGUUAAGCCACAGCCUUUCCUUCCUUCUUCAUCCCCAAGAUCACACGUUAAUAUGGAUCUCACAAUAUAAAAUAUUUCAAACUUAAAAGCCUCACUGCCUCACAGUUUUGAACAUUUACAAUAUCCAAAGUCUCAACAGUGGACUCCUAUAAAAUAAAAAAUAAGUUAUUCUUUUUUUUUUUUUUUUACGUCAAGAAGUAAGAGCCAGGGCAUAGUCAUAAUCUGAACAAGGCAAAACAAAACUCCAGCUUUAAAAACUAGGUAUC